AGAGAAAGAAUAGUGCGAAUUUAAUUUAAUUGGAUUUUAUUUUAUUUGCAAUAAGUUUCUAUUACUUUCUUUAUAUCUAAAUAAUGUUAACGACAUCAUCAAACUUUAUAUUGUAAUUCAAAAAUGUAUAAAUCACAAUUCUUGCAUAAAUAAAGGGAACAAAUUAAAUAUAAAAAGUGUGUGUUUGUGUGUAACGCAAAAAAUAAAGAAAAAAAAACGAGAAAAGAAGCAGUAGAAGAAGAAUCAAUUUCAUGUGAAUUUUGAAAAAAUAUAUAUAAUGGAAAUUGUAAUUUAAUUCGUGCGUGGUCUAGUGUUUUUCAUUUAAUUUCUUACAUUUCUGUGAAUUAAAAAUCUAUAAAAUUAGUUUUAAUACGUGUUAAGCGAAAAAAUAUAUAGAGUAAUUGCGACAGAACAGCAGCAGCAACACAAAACAAAAGCAACAAGAACAACAUUAACUAAAUAAAGAACUACGACAACUAUAACAAUAUUUGUGUUAAAAUAACUGCACACACAACUGCUAGAUCGGCAUUCAGCCAAAAAUUAAAAAAGAAAAUAUUAGUUUUUCUUUAUAUUUUUUAUUUAUACCAUAGCAGCUUUAAAGCACAUACACACAAAUACCUAAAUACAAACACUUUGAUUCUGAAGUGGCAAUGACUUCUACUUCAAAUUCAUCAUCAUCUUCUACAACAUCAUCAUCACCAUCGUCGUCGUCGGCUGGAGUAAGUGAUACAAAUAAUAGUGCAGAUAUUAGUAACAAUUCAACAAAUAGAGUGGCUAAUAUGUCAGGUGAUGGUAAUAGCAACGAUACUCCACCAUUAGAUGCAUUAACGCCCAAUAAUAUAGAAUUGGAAUACACAAAAAUUACAGGGGAUCGUAAUGGAUGGCAGCGUUUGUAUCAGGAAAUUCGUGAAAAAUGUGAACGUGAAGCAAACGAAAAACAUUUCGGUACAAUUGAAUCAGAAAAACCACAAAAUCGUUGCCUGAACCGAUACCGAGAUGUGAAUCCAUACGAUCAUUCACGAAUUAUUAUACACAGAGGCGGCGUCGACUACAUUAAUGCCAACUUAGUAAAGCUGGAACGAGCUGAACGUAAAUACAUUUUAACACAAGGACCACUCGGGGAUACCGUUGGACAUUUUUGGUUAGUGGUUUGGGAACAAAAAACAAAAGCAAUACUGAUGUUAAAUAAGCUGAUGGAAAAGAAACAAGUUAAAUGUCACUUGUAUUGGCCAGAACGUAAAGGUCUAGAUAAUGCCCUCAAAUUGCAUGAAGUUAAAUUGACUAUCGAAUUUUUACGUUGUGAAGAGUACAAAAACUUUUGUGUCCGAUGGUUUAAAUUAACUGAUAUUGAGUCUAAUCAAAGUCGCGAAAUAAUACAAUUCCAUUAUACAACCUGGCCAGACUUUGGCAUACCUAGUUCACCAGUGGCUUUUUUGCAAUUCCUUAAACAAGUACGCGAUUCUGGUGCCUUAGAACCCAAUGUCGGGCCAGCUAUUGUGCACUGUAGUGCCGGUAUUGGUCGUUCGGGUACAUUCUGUUUGGUGGAUUGUUGUUUAGUUUUGGUUGAUAAGGAAGGUGUUCAAAAUGUAUCUGUACAAGAUGUUUUAUAUGAAUUGCGUAGAUACCGUAUGGGUCUUAUACAAACCGCCGAUCAAUUGUAUUUUUCAUAUCAAGCCAUUAUUGAAGGCAUUAAAUUACUUAAAGAUCCGAAAUUCAUUGAUUACAAUGAAGCGCCUAUUGUUACCAGUGAUGAUGAUAGUCAACAUCAUGAGCAAUAUAUUAUAGAUGAAACACCACCGCCCUUACCACCGCGCACCCAUUCCCUCUUACCCUUGGCUGGUAGUGGAGCUGAUGGCAUUUUAAGGCUGAAUUUGGCUUCUGGUUCACAAGGUAAACCACUGCCCAAAAUACCAGCCAGUGUUAGUUUUAACGAUGACCUGUAUGCGCCCGACAAUGACAACACCAACAAAGAUGCUUUAAACAAUUUCAUUAACAAUGAAAGGAGUUCGGAAAAUAAUACAAGCAUGACAAAUCGACCACUUCCACCACUGCCAACACAAAAUAAUGUAUUGUUGAAUCGUGUACACGAAUCGGAUAGCGACGAUAAUGAAUACUUUGAGAACGAUGAUAGCGAAGAAGAUGAUAUUGACGAUAACGAUGAUGAUGAGGACAAUGACAACAACGACCACGAACAGGAUAUGGAUAAUGCCAACUAUAGCAAAAAAGAUAAAUAUAAUCAACCUCAUAAUCAGCAACAUAAUGUGACAACGAAUGAACAAAGUGAAGAACACGAGUCCAUGCAAUUAAAUGGCAUUGAGACUGCAAACAGUGGCGCUACAAGUCCUGACACUGAGAUACGACGUAGAAAACGUGCCGAACGCCAGGCGAAUAUUGAACAAAAAGUUAAUGAAAUCAAAAGAAAACAACGUGAAAACGAGGACAACAAACAGACGGCGAAAAAACGAAGGUCAUUAAUUACUUAUAUAACAGCAGGUGUUAUUGUGGGUGUUAUCUGUGUUUAUGCCUAUUCAAAAUGGGCUUAAAUUAUACAUUAACUUAUUUAGCCAGCCACAUAAAACAACUAUUUUCUCUCUACUUUUGAAAUUUCCAUUUUGCAGAUCACAACAUUCUUUUUUUAAUUUUGUGUGUUCGUAUAAAACAACACAAAGCUUAUUAAAACAAAAACGACAAAAGAUCAAAGUUAAAAACAAAACACAUAAAAAUGAGAACAUAGAAGAGUGAGAAUACAUAUAUGGUAACGAACAAUCAAACGAUAAUGUUUUUGCCACGAUUUUUUUUUUAUAAUUUAUAUAUUUCUAAUUGAUAAAUAACAUCGACUAAAUGAAUUUUUUUCUAAUAAUAAUGAAGUGAAUAACAAUUAUAAGUAUAUUAAACAAAAAACAAAAAAGAAUUAAAACAGAAAUAAAUAAAUAAUUUUUAGUUUUAUUUGCUGAAACCUAGUUUUGGCAAAUAAAUAUCUAAUAUCAUUAAUUUAUAGUAAGAACGCACACAAAACAAAAAAAACGAACACUAAUUAUUAAAACA